AUGGUAUCUGCCCUGGAAUACGCUCCUUGCGUCCGGCAUUACCACGACGAAAUUCCCACAUCAGAACUCUGCAAGGUUCCUUCAAUCCAGCGAAGCUUGGCCGAGAUCCGAGGCUGGGCAGCAUCCUUUGAGACAUUUUCGGCCAUCAUUGUCGCGUUGCCCAUUGGGCGCAUUGCUGAUCACCGAGGUCAACGCGGCGUGUUUAUGGUUGUUGUGGCGGGCAUCUUGAUGAAUCUCACUUGGACUCUAGUCGUUCUCACUAAUCUUGUACUACCCAUUAAGCUGGUGUGGGCCUCUUCUCUCUUCCUCCUCGUGGGAGGAGGAAGCAUGAACCGAGGAAACCAGACAAACGCUCUCAUUAGCGAAGUCGCUCUUGUCAACUUGGGAUUAUUCUUUUUCAUCAUGCCUGCUCUGCUGCGGAUCGUUAGCAAGUACCUGAAGCCCAUACCUCAGGUCUUGAAUCUUGGAAUUGUAAGAGCCAGCUUGUUGCUCCUCCUCCUGGGGUCACUCUUGCUCGCAUUUGCCAAAAACUCAGCGUUCCUGAUUGCGGCAACGAUGAUCUACGGUCUCGGAUUUGGUGCCCGCUCGACACUCUUAUCACUCGUCACCUCGUGGAUUGACCCCAAACAAGCCGGUACCCUUUUCAGCGCCGUGUUUCUCGUCGAACAGAUUGGGAUGUUAGGGGGGGGGGAACCACUGGCACAGAAUGUGCUUGGGAUCUCACUCGGGUUGCAAGAUCCUUGGAAAGGCUUGCCAUUCAUCUGCACUGCGUGGAUCGAUCGCAACAUGGAUGUGAAUAUAGAGCUAUUCCGCUCCAUGCCAUCUAGAACCGCUAGUCGCUCGUCCUCAAGUUACUUCCAGAGCAGCGAUAGCCAGGCACAUCUCGACAACACUGCAGUCCGGAACUCCUUGGCCCCCAGGCGACCGCAGACCAGCCUAAGCGAAUACUCUGGAUACGAUCACUCAGGGAAUAGCACAAGACCUAACAUCUCAAGGCCUUCUACUGUACGCCCUGGAUCGAGGCCUGGCACAGCAUCUGGAAGGAAGUCUCGUAACGGAACUGCCUCUUCCAUCCUCGGGCUUAGCGAAGCGCAGACCAUUGUAUGCGCCGUGAGCGAGGCUCGGGGAGUUUCCCCUGCAGUAGGUAUCGCAUUCGUCAAUGUUUCUCUCGGGGAGGCUGUCAUAAGUCAAAUAUGUGACAACCAAUCGUAUGUCAAGACAAUUCACAAGAUCCAGCUGUCUGCACCCUCACGCAUUCUCUUCAUGACUACUGCCUGUCCCCCAAACAACCCUAGCUCCCUCUUUUCUCUUGUCCAAGACCUCAUUCCUGACGUCCAAAUCGACGCAUUGGAAAGGUCAGCAUGGUCGGAGACAGAAGGCCUGGAGUAUAUCCACAACCUAGCUUUCAAGGAUGACAUAGAGCCUUUGAAGGUGGCUACGCAGGGCAAGUUCUAUGCCAUUUGUUCUCUUGCCGCUGCAAUGAAGUAUAUCCAGCAACACUUCUCAAUCAACUUCGUGCCUCACUCGCUCCGCAUCCUAUACCGACCUUCAGAAGAUACCAUGAUGAUUGACAUUUCGGCUAUUCAAUCGCUCGAGAUCAUGCAGAACAUACGAAACUCAAAGUCUAAAGAUUCGCUCUUCGGCCUGUUGAACCAUACAUGCACCCCGAUGGGUUCAAGGAUGCUUCGUAGCAAUAUCCUGCAGCCACCCACUCGCCCAGAUCUCUUCAUCACACCCCGGUAUGAUGCGCUGGACGAGUUGACCACUAAUGAAGAAAUGUUCUUGGAGAUUCGCAAAGGCAAGUUGAUCAUUGUUCCCACCAAUGCCGAUGUCCAACAAGUAGAAGAACAGAUCAACCAGGUCCUCAUGAUCAAAAGCUUUUUAGAGUCAAUCCCCGAACUUCACACGGCGUUGGGUCCUGCCAACAGCGUCUUACUAACUAAAGUCCGAGAGCUGUGUCGCCCUCAAAUCACAAGCCACAGUCUCAAUACGAUCCGACUGACCAUUGAGGCGGAUGUUACUUACAUGAAGUCUGCGCUAGAUCUUCGAAAUCAGAGAACCUUUGCUGUCAAAGCAGGCAUCAACGGAAUGCUUGAUGUUGCUCGCCAGACAUACAAAGAGCUCACAGAAGAUAUCCACCAGCACAUCGAUGCUCUGAAUGAGGCACACGGGCUUGAUGCUAAUCUUCGAUACGAUAAUGGGCGCAAGUAUUGGCUUAGGCUGCGAGCGGCAGACUUCGAUGACCGUCCCCUCCCGGAUCUGUUGAUCAAUGUGGUGCGAAAGAAGGACAAGAUUGAAUGCCAGACACUUGACUUGGUCAAGCUGAAUCUGAGGUUAUCAGAUACCUCCAAUGAGGUUGUCAUUCGAAGCGACAAGGUUAUACAAGACUUGCUGAAAGAACUACGUUCUGAUGUCCCACACUUAUUCCGCGUCUGCGAAUCGGUUGCGCUUGUCGACAUGAUCACUUCCUUCGCGCAGCUUGCAACCACCCGGGACUACGUGAAGCCAGAUCUCAGCACGACGCUCGCAUUGAAAGCAGCGAGACACCCUGUCCUCGAUAAAACUAUGAACGGCACCUUUGUGCCCAAUGACUACUACUCCACAGAGCAAUAUUGCUUCCACAUCGUGACGGGCUGUAAUAUGAGUGGUAAAAGCACAUACAUACGGGCGGUCGCAUUGCUUCAGAUCAUGGCGCAAAUCGGAUCGUUUGUGCCUGCCGAGUAUGCUGCUUUCCCCAUCAUCCACAGUAUCUUUGCGCGAGUUUCGCUUGAUGACAACAUCGAGAGUAACCUUUCGACCUUUUCUGUUGAAAUGCGAGAAAUGUCUUUCAUCCUGAGGAACAUUGACGACAAGAGCCUGGCCGUGAUCGAUGAACUGGGGAGGGCCACGAGUAACCGAGAUGGUCUGGCAAUUGCGAUUGCAAUGUCUGAAGCCUUGAUUCUAAGCAAGGCAUCUAUCUGGUUUGCGACACACUACGUUGAUCUGACAAAGGUUCUCGCGGAUCGUCCAGGCAUUCUCAACCUUCACCUAGCUGCCACUACCUCGACAACUGAGGAUGGAUUGCCUCAUAUUACGAUGCUUUACAAGGCGACUUCUGGUGCUAUACGAGGUGAAGAACACUAUGGCAUAAAUUUGGCACGUGCUAUCGGGCUUCCUCAGUCCUUUAUUGACAAAGCCGAAGAGGUGGCCAAGGACAUCAGGCAAAAACGAGAAACGACCAAGCGUAGCUCAGAGUCAACUAGACUUGUAGCCCGCCGAAAGCUCAUUCUUAACCUUCAGGAUGCAUUGAGACAGGCCAAGGAUUCUGGAAGCGAGGAGGCCCUUCCCGGUUAUCUGCAGCGUUUACAAGAAGACUUUGUUGCCCGAAUGGAGGAAGUUGACAACAUGUAG